AUGUUGGCAAUUAAUCAAUCACAAUCCAAUAAUAAUAAGAAACAAUCAGCACUUGAAUUAUUAUUAUCAUUAAGGACACUCUCCGAAGAUGGAGAAGUACCAAAUUCACCACCCUCAUAUAUAAUUGAUGAGGAAAACAUAAAUAAUAAUAAUAAUAAUAAUCAAUCAAUUAAAUCAAUAUCACCAUAUAUGAAGCCACAACAACAUGUUGGCCAAACAACACCGGUGACUAGUUCACCACCUUCACUCUCGUCGGUCAAUCCAACACCUCUGACGACACCACCAUCGAUCAAAUCAUCACCGCACUCUAUCAACUUUAUAACAAAAUCGCCAUCGCCACCACAUUCACCGCCAUCGUUCAGCGAGGUGCCAACAGUCAAGAGCUCGCCACUCGAAAACAGCCCACCCUUGACGCCACCAUUCAACACGGCCAAUGCCCUGACGUCCAGCCUCGACGCAUCGCCUCUCUCACUGCCAGUUGCACCACGACCCUGUAAAUAUCCACUGUGCCUGCUGUGUCAACGCGGUCCACCUUUAAUCGUGUUGAAAUGUCCAACAUGGUCCACCAUCAUGCGUGUAGUAUUCUACUCAUUGUCCAAGAGUAUGCCAGACCGACUCUACUACAAUCUACGCACUGAUGUCUAUUCCUGGAUGUGUGAUCACUGGGACUACCUGUGCCAGCCAUCCAAAGAUAAGUCACAUAACUGGCGCAAGCAAGUCCAAGACAUGUUGAGUCAUAGCAAGAAUCUGUUUGAGUCUGGAACGGAUCACUUCAAACAGAAUGGCUUCUGGAGACUGAAGCCUCAGAUGGACAUUGAUCCAUGGACCAUCAAGAAGCCACAGCGCGACAAGUCCAAGAUAUCCACAUCUUCGACAACUUCGCCAACAAAGAACAAGCAUUCAUCGGAUGAGAAUGGCCAGUCAUCCAAGAAACUGAGACUUAGCUAUUCCGACGUGGAUGAGUGUCCUGAGGAGAUGGACGCAGACAUCACUGACUACUUGAUCGAGAAUGACAAUGAUGUGAGACUGGAGAUUGAGUCUGUAAAUAGGGAGAUCAAUGUGAUGCUGCAGCAGAUCAAAGCAUUGAACACUAGUCUUCAGUGGCAGCAGCAACAGACAUCAUGUCGAUCAUCGGCAAUGAUGAUACCCGAGAAGUUUGACCUCCGGUCAUCAACAUCAUCAAUGUCAUCGUAUGGCCAGGAGUUGUCGAUGGGAGUCAUCAGACGCAACAGCAUCAAUGGCAACAUCAAGCAGGAGGGAGCCGCCUUCCUUCUUCCACACCUGCGUCCAAUGGAGUCCAUAUGUGACGCCAAGUAUCAGCUGUCCCAUAUCGUUGGA